UUUGAAGCGACCAGCCGUGAUCUUGGCCGUCUGCAAUUUAAAGAUGUGCCUCCCACGCCAUCCUCGUGGCUCUGCGCCAGCUGUGAUGCACACAACCACUGCCGCAGCAUUGGCCUGGACCUCCUAGUGGCAUAAAGAAGCUGGAGCCCCAGGUGACAAUGGAUCGACGCUCGGCUUCCCAUGUCCCGUACAACGGCGAUGCGCUGAUCGGCGUGUCGAUUGCGAUCGCCAUUGUUCAGAUUGUGAUAGUGGGAGCUCGUUUCUAUACGCGACACAUACAGAAGCUGGCACUGGCGCUGGAUGACUACCUGAUUUUUCUGGCAUUGAUUGCUAGCCUCGGGCAGUCGGCUUUGUACAUUAUCUUGGUCAAGCUUGCAGGAGUUGGACAUCAUAUGAGCUACGUGGAACAGACACCAAAAAAGUUGGUCAUCCUGCAAAAGGGCCUGUAUGCCAACGAGAUCCUCGAUUUCCCGUUCACAGUCACUCCAGCCAAAAUCUCUAUCCUGAUGUUCUAUGUUCGUAUCUUCAGCACCCGAACCUUCAAAAUCAUGGCAUACGUGGUCGGCGCCAUUGUCCUCGGGCAUGGUAUCGGGGUAUUGUUCGCAGCGAUCUUUCAGUGCUGGCCGAUUGCGUAUGUCUGGAACCAUACAAUCGAGGGCGGAUCGUGCUUUAACCAAGUGGCAUUCUAUCGAUACGUGUCACCUCCGAAUAUUCUGACGGAUGUUCUCAUUCUGGUCAUGCCGUUGCCAUAUGUUUGGAAACUUCACACGCGGAACGGCCAGAAGCUGGCAUUGACGGGAGUAUUCCUGCUUGGGGGCGUGGGCACGGUGGCCAGUAUCCUGCGCAUGGCGAUUUUCUUCCAAGAGAAUGCCACGACCGAUCCUACGUGGACAUCCACGAAACUGGGAAUCUGGACCGUCUUGGAAGGCGGAAUCAUCAUCAUUUCCGCCUGUCUCCCGCCCAUCUGGCCGUUGCUCGUGCGCAUCUUACCGAAACAACUGCGCAGCAAAGGGUCCUCCAAUACCCGACAACGCCGCUACACAGCCAGCCAGGCCAAAGCCAAGGGCCCCGAGGGAUUCUCCCGGCUGGGGGACAACAGCCAGAGCGAUCAGUGCCAGACCCCAUCCGUGGAGAGCCGGAUGGUACUGGCGCGUACACCCGAUCAGUACUCCGAUAGCAUCUCGUUGGACGUGAUGCAUGGGGUGCGACCGAGAGAAGAGCCAUGAGACUGAUCAAGUAUUCACGAAUAUGAAUGACGAGUUCAACUGUCCUGCCCUGCUUCCCGUCCGAGACAAGUAGAUGGGCCCCGACGAACCCUUGACGAAUCUCUAAAUUACCAGUUCCCAGCUUUCCACCACCCCAAAGCAAAAU